AUGCUUAAUGCUUUUCUUUGGAAUGGAGAAUCAGACUCAGCUAGGGGAGCAAGAGUGUCGUGGGAAGCAGUCUGCUCACCUAAGAAGUCGGGAGGUUUGGGAUUGAGGAGGAUUGCUCAUAUCAAUCAAGUUUUCGGGCUUAAACUUAUAUGGAUGCUCUUUGCAGAACAGGGUUCUCUGUGGGUGGCUUGGGUCAGACAUAAUAUUAUUCAGAGAAGGAAUUUUUGGACCUUUGAUUUCAGAGGUAUUGGUAGUUGGAUUUGGAGAAGGUUAGUGAAACUCCGACAUCUAGCUCGCCCUCUUCUCGUAUGUCAGAUUUCCUCUGGGAACUCGGCUUUAUUUUGGCAUGACAAUUGGACAACCCUGGGACCGUUAAUUGACAUAACGGGAGCCAAUGGUCCUAGAGUGACGGGAAUUCAGAGCAUGGCAACGGUUUCUCAAGCAGUUGAGGACGAGACUUGGCUGCUGCCUAGAGGAAGACAUCCGCUCCUCAUUCUAUUGCGGAAUUGCCUUCCGAGCCCACCUUUGAGGUCGAAUGCAUCUCAUUCGGAUAAGUUUCUUUGGAUUAACUCUCCAACCUCUCCUCCAGGGAAGUUUUCGACGGCUGCAACCUGGAAAUCUCUUCAUCCGAGCUCAGAUACAGUAUCUUGGUAUUACUCAGUCUGGUUUAAAAAUAAUAUUCCUAAGCACGCUUUUAUGCUUUGGUUGGCUGUCCAAAAUCGCCUCUUCACUAGGGAUCGCCUCUGUUCUUGGGGACUCUCUGUUCCUGAUAUUUGCUUGCUAUGUAAUUCAGCGGCAGAAUCUAGAGACCAUCUCUUUUUCGUGUGUCCUUACUCGGAUGUAGUAUGGAGGGAUUUCUUUAAUCAUCAUUCUCUUUCACCUCCAGUCUCUUUCACUGACAUUAUCUCAUGGGUCUCGGCACCUUUCUCAUCUUCCGGAGUGAAGAUUAUUUGCAGUCUCAUCUUUCAAGCGGUGGUGUAUUUUAUCUGGAUGGAACGCAACCUAAGACUUCAUUCAACUUCAACAAAGUCUUCCCACACUUUGGUGAAGGAAAUAAAGCUUCUGUUGCGAGCAAAAUUAGCUGCCUUGGAUCGGCAGAUUCGUUCUUUGGCUUAG